AUGUCACUGAUAGUGAUGAUCUUUUUGCUACUCCUUACAAAAGUCACUAGUCAUUGUUCAUCACCCUCAGGUAUUUACUUGAUGCAUAGAGGAGAGUGCUAUCCCAAUGGAUCAUACUUUCAUGAUGUAGCCAUCGAAACACACCACCUGAUGUGUGUAGCCACUGGAUCUACUUUGAAUGGUGGACAGUGGGUUAGAGCUAUUGAUGGAGAUCCUGUUACCUGUCACAGCAACAGUGACACUGAUCCAUUUCGCUGUGAUAGCCUUGCCUCACCAAAUGCUAGUCUAAGCCUGUACUUACCAAAUGGGCAAGCUCUUUUGCCUGAAAGAGAAGGAUUUUAUAAGUGCUGUUUACCUACUGAUUGUUCAGAUUCCAACACUAACAGUAUUACCGCUAACAUAUUCAGGUGGGCUCAGAUUGCUGAGAUCAAAUUUGAACUCCUUUCAGAUAUGACAAUGCUACCACAGCAAUAUGCAUUGCAUGCCAUCAAGAUUGGUCAAAAGAAUCAUGCAUUUUUACUAGAUGCUACUUGGUAUUACGAGGCUGGAGAUACUAGCAGCAACCUUACUAGUGUAUGCAAUCAGCAGCAAAACAAUUGCACUGUUGGUUCUGGGGUACUAUUGCAUACAAUUAAUGGAACAUAUGAUUAUAAU